UCUUGCGCUUGUCUCUUUGUUUCUUUAUCCACUGCAUUCCUUGCGUCUGUACGAUACAGUCCGGCCUAUGCAUUUCGAGCCUGUAAUAUACCGUCAUCGCCCUCAUUUCUGAUGCCUUCAUCCACUUCGCCGACCGUAGCGCCUCUCUCCACUCGGGUCAAGAUGGAAGAUCGUAAGAGACCCGCCGUGAACAGCACUGAUGAUAUUGCCCCCCCAAGCAAACGUCAGGCUGUCAAUGGUAGCAGCAAGACAAAAGAUGAUCCCGAUACCAAAGAUGAAGUUUGGGUUGAGGAAUAUCAAAAGGAUGCCAUAUACCGCCAAAUGCUGGAGUAUAAACGUGAGAAGACAACAUUGGAAGCCAGGUUAGAGGAACUCGACAAGCGAUCUACGUUCCACGAUGAUCAUAUCCGUGUAAUGGAUGGUUGGUGGACACAGUUAUUGCAAGAGAUAUCACUUCUAGUCAACGGCACCAUCGAUUUCUCAGGCGAAUCUGAAGAACAACCGUUUCCAACUCGGACCCAGUUUAAGGAUAAUGAAGAAUUCGAAUUACACCUGGAUGAGAAGGCAACGAAAAUCAAGUCAAUAUUGGGAACAUUAUUCUCACAGCUAUCUAGCAAUCGUGGAAAGAUCACGCCCAAUGUCACAAACUUGGAGUCACAAGUCAAUAAUUUACUUGCUUCUCAAAAGGAUCUUAUUCUUAAAGUGGAUCGACUUACCUCGGAUAAAGACAGCCUUUCGGAACAGUUGAAUAAUGCCACAUUAAGAUACAUGAAAGCAGAACGGAGAUUAGAUCGAGUCAAGAGUGCACAGGUUCAAAAAUUGGAGCAACAAGCCCUUGCCAAUUCAACCACAAGAUCCAGUGCUGGAGCUGACCAAACUAACGGCACUAAUCCCGACGAAAGUAAUGGAAACUAUGCAUCACAACAACUCGCUCUGCAGGAACUUAAAGCUGUAGGGGAGAAGCAGAAAGAGCAGCUUGAAGCUGCAGUGGUACAAAACAAGUCUCUACAAACAGAUCUGACUUCACUCCAAACGCGCCUAACCAAUCUCACGGAUGAAGACUACUCUCGUACAGAGAUCUUCAAGCUAUUUAAGGCUCAAAACGAGGACCUCAUUAAGAAAACAAACAAUUUGGAAGCGGAGUGUCAUACACUCAGGCAAGAAAAUGCCAAAUUGGAGAAAGAGAGAGAAGCCAACCGUCAACGAUUUGAAUCUGAAGCUCAAAAUCUGAUCUCAGAUUUAGAAGAACAACUUCAGCAAGCAGACACCAACCUUGCCCGGGUGAGAGCUGCGAGAGACGAGUUGCACGCCGAUGUAAUGACGCUGAAAGCGAAUAAAGAACAAGAGCGUACGGCUCUCGACCAUAUGAGGGAUUUGAUUAGUGCCAAGGAGGAUCGGAUUUCUGUCCUAGAGAACGAAGUUAAGAGACUGCAGCCCGGCGAGGACGUGGAAAUGACGGCUCCUUCGGAAAUUGACGAACUGUCCCUUGACGAACUCCGAGAAAAAUACAAGAAAUUAAGAAGGGACUACGAGUCUAUCGACAGCGAGCUACCUGGAAUGACAAGCGCUCUUAAGAAAUACCAAGCGCUCGCAAACAAGAAGGUUAUGGAUUUUGCAGCUCAAGAAGAACGUGUGGCACUGUCAAUUGCAGAAAAAAGCAAAGCCGAUCAGAAGUACUUCAAUGCACGCAAGGAGAGUGAUACGAAGGCUGAUGAGGUCAAGCGGCUUCGAUCGCAAAAUAUGAAGAGCUCGGAAAUUAUUUCUCAGCUGAAAGAAGUGGAAGCCCAGAACCGGACGCUGGUGGCGAACUUGGACAAGCAACUGGCGGACAUGAAGCAAACGAAUACCUCGGUCAUGGCCGAGAACAAGAAGCUCGAGACCACGAAUCAGGAUACGUCUCGGCGAUAUGACUCUCUUAAACAGCAGGUCUCUGAGCUAACCAACCUCGCAAAGACUAAGGACUCGACUGCUUCUACGACGAAGGAGCGAAAUAUUCACCUGGAGACGGAAGUAGAGAAGCUUAAGGUCCGUCUUGAAUCAACGACAAAGGACCGAGAUAAGUGGAAGACCAAGAGCCUCAGCAACUCUUCUGAGGAAGAAGAAAUGCUACGUAAUAUGGCCACAUGUUCAAUUUGCAAAAAGGACUUCAAAAACACCAUUAUACGUGGCUGUGGGCAUAUCUUCUGCAGGGGCUGCGUUGACGAUAGACUUGCUAAUCGUAUGCGGAAAUGUCCCAACUGUAACAAAGCUUUCGACAAGAACGACAUUAUGACGAUUCAUCUCUAGGUAGACAAGGGCCCAUUUCUUCUUACUUCACUUGUAAAUUAUAAUUCGAAGGGGCGAUGAAUGACCUCUGUAUUACUGAUGUACAUAAAUUCUUUGCGGUGGCUUCAACCGGAAUUUCGCAGUGCAGGCACAUGCUUUGCUAUCGGCUACGAUGUUCGAGUUGAUAACUGAUACCCGGCCAUAUCUUUCGUUGCCCGCUUUUUUUUUUUUUUCAUGG